ACCAAAUAGAGCUCGGCUCGUGACGUUACUGGCUCGAACAGCCAAUUAGAAACAAGGAUGAUCCGCACAAGUGAAGAUUAUCAAAUCAUAAAUAGGAGCACACACAGCACAGACAUAUGGCUUUAUAAAGCACCUUACAGCGAGUACUAGCCGCGAAGGAACUUCGAAGAGAAACUAGACGUCCUGCUGCAGAUUUAAACUGCUGAAGAUAGAAAAUGGACUUGAAAAUAACAUUUUUGACUGGAAAGUCAAUUUUCCUAACAGUAAACCCAUCAACUACCGUGAAAGAGUUAAAGCAGAAAAUUGCACAACAGACAGAGCAUAAAGCUGAACAUCUGAAGCUUGCAAUUGUAAAUGGACAGAUGAUUGAACUUGAAGUGGAUCAUUUGAGUCUCACUCAGUACAACGUGCAGUCCGGGAACACAGUGACAGUUCUCAUCAGAGAGUCCAUACAGGUGUUUCUGAAGAAUGACAAAGGCGAGCUAAACCCAUAUAAGAUACAGCAUGGUGAAACUGUCAAAGAGUUCAAACAAAAAGUACAUCAUAAAGAGGGGAUCCCACCAAAUCAGCAGAGACUCUUUUAUGAAGAUCAACUACUGGAAGACGGCAGAAAAAUGGAAGAGUAUCGUAUCAAAGUCAAUGCCACCAUUAUUCUCCGCCUUCAGCUUGUAGGAGGCUAACACUGUUUCAUAAUACAAACACUGAUCAAUGGAUAACCUUGAUGGCCUUACUGUUUUUGUACUGGUCUAUGGGGAAAAAGAAAAAUACAAAUAUAUAAAUACUGUUCAGUACUUUUGCUCACAAUAUAUGAAAAUACCUUUAUGUUUGAUUUUUUUUUUAAUAAUUGUGACACUUCUUCUUUCGGCUGCUCCUGUUAGGGGUUGUCACACUAAUAUAAGCUGAAUAAUACAGUUUUACAUUUUAAAAGCAUUACGAAAUCAUUUUAACAUGUUGUUUUAGGUCUUGCUGCUGAACAGAUUUGAUGCAGUCAGGCUAUGUUCUUACUUAUUUUAUUGUAUGCUACUGUAAAAAUUAUCCAUGGAAGUUGGAUGGCUCUAUCUCCAAAAAGCAUUAUUCAGCUCAAUAAAAUUAGUUUUUAUUUUAAU